CACUGUGAAAGUAGCAACAUGACGCAGAUAAUGUAAUUCCUUUUGGGUGUGUAUGUACCAAGAAGAGCAGCGCAACUGUGUUAAAGCAGACUUUACUUUCUUGUCUUCUUCACACGCUUCAAUCACAACAUGAAAUUCUAUCAGCUUGGGUUUUUGAUCCUGACGUUCCUGGUGCCUGGAGGCGCUGGGCAAAAUGACUUUGAAUGUGGCGUAGCACCGCUCAACACCAGGAUUGUAGGAGGCGAUGAUGCACCCGUGGGGGCGUGGCCCUGGCAAGUGAGCAUGCAAAGAGGAGGUGGACACUCUUGUGGAGGGUCGCUGAUCACCCGGAUAUGGGUGCUGUGUGCCGCCCACUGCUUCCCAUCCUCCAGCGAAUUACCCAGUACCUUGACUAUCCGUCUGGGAUACCAAUCCCUGGAUCUGGCAAAUCCCAACGGAGUGACUCGUACGGUAAGGCAGGUCAUCCCCCAUGAGGACUACAGCGAUCGGACCAACGAUAACGACAUCGCCCUUUUACGGAUUGACGCUGUUGUUUACACCGAUUUUAUCCGGCCUGUCUGCCUCGCUGCUCCUGGCACUAACGUCGGAGCCGGAACCGAUGUCUGGAUCACCGGAUGGGGCAAUAUUGGAAGUGGCGUGGAUCUUCCAUUUCCGCGGACGCUACAGGAAGUAGAGGUUCCAGUGGUAUCCAACGACGAUUGCGAUGACGUGUAUGGAAUCAUCACCGACAACAUGAUCUGUGCCGGACUAAGCGAGGGGGGACGGGACUCAUGCCAGGGGGAUUCUGGCGGUCCAAUGGUGGCCAAGAAUGGUACUCAGUGGAUCCAACUUGGCAUUGUGAGCUUUGGAUUUGGAUGCGCUCGCCCCGAUGUUCCAGGAGUAUACGCGCGAGUGUCAGAAUACCGGCAGUGGAUAAUGGAUAACAUCGCUGACAGUGAACCGCCGACUUUUGUCACAUUUUCAAAUUCCUCGAGUGGCACUGGGGUGGAAUUCCAUUCGGCUCCUCUACUUCUCACGCUUCUUCCGUCAUUCUUCACCGCCAUGGUUCUCAUGUGAGGAGGAUCAACAUCAAGUGAAUAAAUGCAAACUAAAUUGGAGUUUGCUGGAUACUAGUUACGAUGUAGGAAACUACCACUAAAUCAUUUAAAUCAGGAGUUCAACAACCUUUAACACCUAAAGAGCCAUUUCGACCAUGGUUUCCAGAGAAAAGACAGCACUGGGAGCAGCACACACUUAAAUUAAGAUGUUACAUAAUUUUAUUCACAGAACACUAACGCAGGUCAUCAUUUCACCAACCAAGCAAAGUCACAGUGUCAAUAUUCAAACAUGGUGGGUGAAUGAAUUGAACCAUGAAUGAAUCAUCCAACCAACAACCUCAUUAUUUCACCAACUAUAUGUAAAAUCACGGUGUCACUCGGAAGGUGGUUCAAUGGCUUAAAUAUUUGGUGAAUGAGCCACCUUCCGAGUGACACCGUGACUUUACAUAGUAGGUGAAAUAAUGACCUAUGUGUGUGUUCUGUUUACAAAGAAAGUGAGCCUGACUUGUUCUGCUCACUACAGCAACGCUAAAUUCCUUUCUGAAAUCUCAUAAACCCCACUAUAUGGUUUAAUCAAAUUCUCGUGUUUUUUUUUUUUUUUUUUUUUUAACUGAGCCGUAUCAGAGGGAUCAAAGAGCUGCGUGUGGUUCUGGAGGUACGCGUUGCUAACUCCUGAUUUAAAUGAAUAGAAUUUUCUGCUGAAAAAUUCCAUAAGACUUAUUAUUUUUUAUCAGUCUCUGUAGGCCAUAUCUAUUUUCUCAACUAUUGUUGAUGCUUUGUGCUUCAAGGAAAACUAAAUAUUUUGCACUUGAAAACUUGAUUUUCUAUGCCAUAAGGUUUAAAAUGUUUAAUAUUGAAGACGUCACAUAGCUCACCUUGUCAAAGUUACUUUUCUUUUUCAUACAAUCACUGCGUGCAAUAUUUUGCUGAAUUUACAACGUUAUGUCAACAAUUUAAACUGAAGUGCAAUUUUAAAUUCUUGCUAUCUUUUGUUAGGUGUUGAUCACUGCAAUGUCUGACUUCUGAAUUUAUAAAAACCUUUUUUUUCCUCAAUGGCUCUUUAAUGUCAGAUAUUAUGUGUGUUACUGGUUGUUUUUCUUCAAGUAAAUGUUGUUGGUCUUAA